AUGAUCAAUCCAGCCUACAUUCCACGGUGCAAACAAGAGCACUCAGCGAACACAAAACCUCCGAUGCUGUCGGGCCAGCUGGGUAUUUUCUAUGCCAGAGAUUGGGCUCAGCAAACACAAAACCUCCGUAGCCCGUGGAUCCAGCCCCGGGACGUGAUUCCUGUUGAAAGCGGGCCGCGGAGAGCACCUUACGUCCCAACGUUCUGGGGAGCUUUCGUCGAUAAUACCCCUCCCCUAAGCAAAUAUCUGCUUCGGACACCAAAUCGUGUUCGCCCCCUUCAUCCCCACUAUCAUGCACACAAUCAACACCGGCCAGCCAUCCUUCGUCAAGUAUCCUCUCCGGCAGCGUUUCAGAGAAAUGGAGGAAGGGCUGCUGGAGAGGAAGGAUGGGGGGGUGAUUUUACUUCUGAGGCGAGGGCCGAUGGUGGGGUGACUCUGUUACAGUACUUGGUUCAGGUCACUUCCUCGAUGAUGGUUGGCCAUCUCGGCGAGCUCGCGCUCUCCGGCUCCGCCAUUGCCACUUCUCUCUCCACCGUCACCGGAUUUAGUCUUCUCCUAGGAAUGGCUAGUGGUUUGGAAACUCUUUGUGGGCAAGCUUAUGGAGCAAAACGAUACAAAAAGCUUGGAAUCCACACAUACAGAGCUAUUCUAUCACUCAUAAUAGUCUGCCUUCCAAUUUCUCUCCUUUGGAUUUAUAUGGGGAAGCUUCUCUCACUCAUAGGUCAAGAUCCCCUAAUAUCCCAAGAGGCGGGCAAAUAUAUAGCAUGGAUGAUCCCUGCCCUCUUUGCCUAUGGUACUGCUCAGCCUCUUAUGAAGUUUUUUCAAUCUCAGAGCUUAACUCUUCCUAUGCUUUUGAGCUCAUUCACAACGCUUUGCAUCCACAUUCCUUUGUGUUGGGCCAUGGUGUUAAAAACUGUAUUGGGCAAUGUUGGGGCUGCGCUUUCUAUAAGCAUUUCUUAUUGGAUUAGUGUAGUGAUUCUCGUGAUGUACAUCAAGUUCUCGGAUUCAAAGUUUAUGUGUUAG